AAUAAGGUCAUUUCCCCCUGUUUCCCUAAUUCGCGAAAGCUAGGACAAGACGGGAGUGACCAUGGACGACCAGAGAUGAAGCUUAUGCUAUUUGCAAAGCCCCUUUUUCUCCUCGGAUUUGCCCUGAGUAGCACCAUUCUGUUCUUACAUUUCUGUCAGACAAACCAGCCCUCUUCAAAAGCAGACUUAAUGGCUCGAAGCUUUGUUCUUUGGCUGCAUGGUUUGGGUGACUCGGGCCCUGCCAAUGAACCCAUCCAGACCCUCUUCAAUUCUACAGAGUUCAGGAAUACAGUCUGGUCCUUCCCUUCUGCUCCUUCCAACCCAGUCACCUGCAACUAUGGCGCCGUGAUGCCUUCCUGGUUUGACAUUCAUGAGAUUCCUGUGACAGCUGAUUCUCCAAAAGAUGAAAGCAGUGUCCUUAAAGCAGUUCAGGAUGUGCACGCAAUGCUAGACAAUGAAAUAGCUGCUGGCACAGAUCCUAAUAAUGUAUUUGUGUGUGGAUUCAGUCAAGGAGGUGCCUUGACCUUGGCAAGUGUUCUGAUGUACCCAAAAACUCUGGGUGGAGGUGCUGUCUUCAGCGGAUGGAUUCCUUUUAAUUCGUCUAUAAUAGAAAGGAUUUCACCAAAUGCAAAGCGGACACCUAUUUUGUGGUCUCAUGGAAUGGCCGACAGAACUGUAUUGUUUGAAGCCGGACAAGCCGGUCCCCCUUUCCUUGAACAAGCUGGUGUAAGCUGUGAGUUUAAGGCAUAUCCUAGUCUUGGUCAUUCAAUAAGUAGUGAGGAGCUGCGGUACCUGGAAUCAUGGAUCAAGACUCGCCUGCAAAGUUCUUCCUAAAGGCUUUAGAGGGACAAGAUUUCCAUUAUGGUCAUUGGUCUUUGACUCCAGUUGUCAUAGAAUCGUUAUAGAAAGAAACUUAAAUAUUCAAGCUAUGUCACAUAUUGUGAUGAGAAUAAACAAAUGUAGAAGCUGAUUUUAUUCACAUUUGCCCAAGGCAACUUCACACUGCUGAACUUGAUAAUGGAGAAAUAAGAACAUACUAUUUAUGCAA